AUGGCACAGGAGAUCUAUGGGAUUCUCCAGUUAUGGACCCUAGCUUCUGGAAGGCACGUCCGUUUGAGUGCUUUCUUGAGGAUGCCGCGCAGGGGUUCGUGGGCGAUCCGCAGCUCGAGUGUGGAGGGCAUGCGGCGCUGGCUGUCUGGCAUUCUGGAGCACGCAGUGUGCCGGCCACGGUCUGCACUCUAUUUGGUUCUGACCCGCUUCCUGGUCUUCUGUUUCGUGCUGUUGCAGGUGCCGCGGGAACUUUCUCUACGCGUCGGUCGCCGCGAAUCAAAUGGCAAGCAAUAUUCCAACAGAUCUUAA